AUGUGGAGGGCAGUGAAGUUUGAGAACUUCAUUUUCAGCUUCCAAAACACCCUGGUUGCCCAUGCCUAUGACAGCCUUUGCAAAGAAUUUUCAGACUGGGAGUGGUCUUUCAAACGGCACAUCUACUCCUGGCUUGAAAGUGCAACAAUACAAAUAUCAAAUGCAGAAACCAGCAGCCUGCAGGAAGUGGAAGAGAUUGUUGAAGCACUUAAUGGAGAUGCACAGAAGGAGAUUGCCUCCCAGAAAAGAGAGAUGGAUGAAAAAUUGAAAACAUACUACAAAAGGAAAGAUCGGCAUCACCACAGUACUGAUUCAGAAUCUUUGCAAAGCUCUCAGCAAAGUCAUCUCCAUCCCAAGGACACAGUGGAUAGGGUCCUCUUUCAAAACACAGGUCUGUGUACUCCAUUCACCAAAAAUCUCCUAGAGUAUCUGAAAGAUUUAAAGAAGCAACUAGAAGAGGAGAUAAAGUCAUCUGAUAUCACUGAAACGCUGAACAGUGUGUCUGUCAAACCCCAAAAUGAGCUCUUCAAGAGGAUCUUUGGUUGUGGAAAGCAGUGUCCCUUCUGCAAAGCACCAUGUGAGGCAGGAGGAAAAGACCAUCGGCAGCACCAUGCAGCUGUGCAUCGGCCAAAGGGACUGGGUCGCUACAGAUAUGUCAGCACUAAUAUCCUAUGUGAGGAGAUUUGUACAUCUAGUGUACAUGGCAAUGGGUCUUUUAAAAAUCAUGAAACAGAUUUCCAACCUCAUCCUUAUAAAGACUAUCACACCUACUACCCAAACUGGCUCAUUCCACCAGACAGAACUAUAGAGGCCUCAGAUUACUGGAAGUAUGUGCUUGUGAAAUACAAUGACAAGUUUGCGGAAGAGUAUAUAGCAAAGCCUGCUGUGUAUCCAAGUGUAUGGAACAAUAUUGAUAAAGUCCAGGCUCUUGAAGGUCUGAAAUCAGCGUUUUGCAUUAAAUGAUAUGAAGCUUCUCGCAGAGCGAUUUCUUUUAUCAGCAUAUAAUGUUGUUUUGGUUUAGGCAAGCUGGCAUAAUCCAUUUUAAAGUGCCAGAGUUAUUGUUCAGUUCCAUCAUAUUAGUAAAAAAUAGGUAAUGACAGAUCAAUACUUCACCCAGCUGUGGCUGAGUAUAUCAAUCAGUCCACCACAACUGAUUUAUUGCACACAAUUAUGAAUAUCAAAUUCAUGAGACUAUGACAGGGAAAUGAUUGAUU